AUGUCCGACUCUGGACAGUCCGUGCUUCUCGCGACGGCCGGCUACGACCACACGAUCCGCUUCUGGGAGGCGCCGACCGGCGUGUGCUACAAGACGCUGCAGCACCCCGACUCGCAGGUCAACCAGCUGCAGAUCACGGCCGACCGGCAGCGCAUCGCCGCGGCGGGCAACCCGUCGCUGCGGCUCUUUGAGAUCAACUCCGGCCCGCCGAGCGCGCUCACCACCUACGACGGCCACACCUCCAACGUGACGGCCGUCGGCUUUGAGGCGGACGGCAAGUGGAUGUACACCGCGUCGGAGGACGGCACGCUCAAGCUGUGGGACCUGCGCGCGGCCGGCUGCCAGCGCGAGUACGAGUCCGGCUCGCCGAUCAACUCGGUCGCCCUCCACCCCAACCAGGUCGAGAUUGUCCGCCUCCCCGCAGGCAACAUCCGCGUGUGGGACCUCGCGCAGAACGCGUGCUCGGCGGAGCUCGUCCCGGACGGGGACAAGUCCAUCCAGUCGCUCUCGAUCGCGCGCGACGCCUCCACCCUCGCCGCGGCAUACGUGCGCGGCUCGGUCUUCUUGUGGAGACUCGGC